AUGAUGUACAGUAUGUCUAAAAGUAAAGAUCGUAAAGUGUCUGAGUUGUUGUCGAAGGUGAGUUACGGAGCUGUGGAUCCUGCAUUCAGUGACAGAAUCCGCUUUCCAUUAUUCUACCGUACAGUGCCAAGUGAAACUGCCCAGUCCAAAGUGAUCAUCCAACUCAUCAAGACUUUUAAUUGGAACUGGGUAGGGAUGAUAUCCUCUGAUGAUGACAGUCACCGGAAAGCCAGUGAAGAAAUGAAGAAUGAGAUCAUUAAGAAUGGAAUCUGUGUAGCUUUUUUUGUUCAGAUUAGCGAAAGGGACCUUAGAAGUAAUAGCUAUGCUUUAAAUGCCACAAGGAAGUCGAACGCCAAUGUUGUCAUCGUUUAUAGUAAAACAGUAAUGUUUCUGAUGUUUGCUUACCUUCUACAUAACUCAAAUAAUGUGGAGUGGCUGAUACUAUCUCCUUUGUCAUCAACUUCGCAGAAUUUUUAUAGUAGGGCAUUUAAUGGAUCCCUUGUUAUACUCUUUCAUCAAGGAAACAUACCCGGUCUACGAGAUUUUCUUUACAAAGUGAAUCCUUUAAGUUUUCCUAAAGACCCAUUUACUGCUGCAAUUUGGUUAAAGGUGUUUGGUUGCUAUGAACCAGCUUUUGCUAAGCCAUCAUUCCAAUCCUACCGUAUAUGUGAUGCCAAUGAUACACUACAGCCAUAUGGAUUUAAUGCAGGUUAUUUUAGAUUAACAUACUAUAUGUACAUUGCUGUAUAUGCUGUGGCCCAUGCACUUCAUGCUCUGUAUACUGAUAAAACCACUGGUGGAAAUAUAUUGUAUUCUGAUAAAACUCCAAAUGGCCUCAUGCAAACACAGUUAAACAACCAGCUCAAGAAAAUCCAUUUCAGAACAGACCCUGGGGAUGAUAUUUUCUUUAACGAGAAAGGAGAAAUCCGGGGGCAUUUUGAUAUAAUAAACUGGAACUCUUUCCAGAAUCGAACAAUUACUACCAGACAUGUCGGGAUCUUCAAUUCAUCUCAAUCUCCAGAACUUACCAUUGACAAAGAGGCUAUCUUUUGGCCAGCUGCGUUUAAUGGGAUUCCUGUCUCAAAUUGCAGCGCCCGCUGUCUCCCUGGUUACAGGAAAGCUUCUGUGGAAGGAAAACAACCUUGCUGUUAUGAGUGUGUUCAGUGCUCGGAAGGAGAAAUAUCCCCAUUCCCAGAAAUGGAGAAUUGCAUGAGAUGUCCUGAAGACCAAUGGUCCAAUGAGAGAAGAGAUAAAUGCAUCAAGAGAACCAUUGACUUCCUUUCUUAUAUUGACCCUCUUGGUGUAGCUCUAACCACCGCUGCUUUCGUUUUGUCUUUAUGCUCAGCUGCAGUUUUUUGCAUCUUUUUAAAAUACAGGAAAAGCCCCAUUGUGAAAGCCAAUAAUCAGGAGCUCAGUUACAUUCUUCUUCUUUCCCUCAUGAUAUCCUUUCUUUGUUCCUUACUAUUUAUUGGAAGGCCUACAAGAGUGACUUGUUUGUUGAGACAAACUUCAUUUGGGAUCAUCUUUGCUGUUUGUAUUUCUUCCAUUUUGGGGAAAACCAUUACUGUUAUUAUUGCCUUCAAUGCCACUAGACCUGGAAGCAGGCUCAGAAACUAUGUUGGUACCAGGGUCCCUAAAUAUAUUCUUCUUCUAUGUACACUACCUGAGGUUUUCAUCUGUGGACUUUGGCUCAUAAUCUCUCCCCCGUUCCCUGACUAUGACACUCACUCUGACACGGGGAAGAUGAUUUUGCAGUGCAAUGAGGGAUUAUCUAGUGCCUUUUACAUAAUGGUUGGUUACAUUGCCUUGUUGGCUUUUGUUAGUUUCUUUGUUGCUUAUCUUGCCCGUAAAUUACCAGACAUGUUUAAUGAAGCGCAAUAUAUAACCUUCAGCAUGUUACUGUUCUGUAGUGUGUGGAUCUCCUUCAUUCCGGCCUAUGUGAGCACCACGGGCAAAUAUUUAGCAGCAGUGGAGAUAUUUGCAAUUCUUUUUUCCAGUGCAGGACUUUUGUGCCUUAUAUUUAUCCCAAAGUGCUAUAUUAUAUUUUUUAAACCACCAGUGAACACUAGAGUUAAUUUAGUAGAAUCAAAAGUAAACCAUACAGUACAAUCUACUAUAAAAGUACUAAAAUAG